GGGGCCGGUGGUCUUUUUGUGCCGCCGGCGGCGAGUGAUGUCGACUUGUGGUUUCCCCCGGCAGGAGCGGGCCCGGGAUGUCGGCCGGGGUCCCGGAGGGGCGUGCGCACAGCGUCUGUAUGGUGUCGGACUUCUUCUACCCCAACAUGGGGGGCGUGGAGAGCCAUGUAUACCAGCUGUCGCAGUGCCUCAUCGAGCGGGGCCACAAGGUCCUGGUGGUCACCCACGCCUAUGGCCAGCGGAAGGGAGUCCGCUAUCUCACCAACGGGCUGAAAGUCUAUUACUUGCCCCUCAAGGUCAUGUACAACCAGUCCACCGCUACAACGCUCUUCCACAGCCUGCCCUUGCUCAGGUACAUAUUUGUGAGGGAGAGGGUCACCAUUGUCCAUGCCCACAGCUCCUUCUCUGCCAUGGCCCAUGAUGCCCUCUUCCAUGCCAAGACCAUGGGGCUGCGAACGGUGUUCACAGACCAUUCUCUCUUUGGGUUUGCGGAUGUCAGCUCGGUGCUUACCAACAAACUUCUGACGGUGUCCCUGUGCGAUACCAACCACAUCAUCUGUGUCUCCUACACGAGUAAGGAAAAUACGGUGCUGCGAGCAGCUCUGGACCCUCGGAUAGUUUCUGUCAUCCCCAACGCUGUCGAUCCCACCGACUUCACUCCAGACCCGUCAAGGAGGGAUGAUGCUACAAUAACAAUUGUGGUUGUCAGCAGACUUGUAUACAGAAAAGGUAUAGAUUUGCUUAGUGGUAUAAUUCCUGAGCUCUGUCAGAAAUAUCCAGAGUUACAGUUCUUAGUUGGAGGAGAAGGACCAAAGCGAAUCAUACUGGAAGAAGUCCGGGAAAGAUACCAGCUGCAUGACAGGGUGCGUCUCCUAGGAGCCUUGGAACACCAGGAUGUUAGAAAUGUCCUAGUCCAGGGACACAUUUUUCUCAACACUUCCCUCACAGAGGCCUUUUGUAUGGCAAUUGUGGAAGCAGCAAGCUGUGGUUUACAGGUCGUGAGUACAAGAGUUGGUGGGAUUCCUGAGGUGCUUCCAGAAGAUCUCAUUAUUCUAUGUGAACCCUCUGUGAAAUCUCUAUGUGAUGGAUUAGAAAAAGCUAUUGCCCAGCUUAGAGCAGGAACACUACCGUCUCCAGAAACUGUUCAUAAUAAAGUAAAGACGUUUUAUACAUGGAGGAAUAUAGCAGAGAGAACUGAGAAAGUGUAUGACAGGGUUGCAGAUGAAGUGGUUUUACCAAUGGAUGAGCGACUUAACAGACUUAUGUCUCACUGUGGCCCAGUGACUGGGUAUAUUUUUGCUCUUUUUGCUGUUUUGAACUUCCUUUUCUUGGCAUUUCUGAGGUGGAUGACUCCAGAUUCCAUUAUUGAUGUUGCAAUCGAUGCCACAGGACCUAAAAGUGCAUGGACUAAACAGUAUUUUUUGGGGAAAAAAAGGAAGCAUUAAAGAAGAUCUUCCAAGCUCCUGAAGUGCUGAAAUUGAGAGGAAAGGAUGCAUCAGUCACUAAAGGUUUUAAUGCUUGCUGAUAGAGACAUUACUCUUAAAAUUCCUCAGUUUCUUUCUGAAGUCCUUGGAAAGAAACUUGGUUAAAUGUACUACCUCAAUUUAGGAUGAUGUUUUAAUUUAGUUUUGGAUUCAUACAAAUUUAUGGACAUCUCUUUUGCACUUAAAAUUGGAAGAACAUGGGGUUUUAUAUGAUUCAAAAGCCUUUGAGACAAAAGUACAAAAUUUUUUCAACAACUUGAAUAUUACAGGAAGUGACUGUACACUUUACUGGUAUUUGAAAAAGCAAAACACAUGAAUUAUUAGCUUACAAUAGUUUCUGCUAAUUCCUCGGAUUAACUGUGAUUUCUAUUUUGAGACUUAUUUAAAAAUUUUUCAUUAGAAACCCAGCAACACAUACCUUUUCCCUCCUAAAAUGAAAACGGUACUUGAAAUUAGUCAUUAAGGCCGUUAUUGUGGGAAUGUUGGAGACUUAUUUCCAGUUGUGUCCCAGUGACAGUGUUUUGCCUAUGUAGUAUUAUUAUAUUAAAGUUCUUCCCUAGUCAAAUUGGAUCAUCCUGUUGCUAAAUUAAAACUCCAUAAUGAUUUUUUUUUAAUCUUUUCGGAGGUGCUAAAUUUGUCCUGUUCACUUACAUGUGUGAAAAUGAUGUAAAGCUGAUGGUGUUUGUGUCUUGGUUUUUUGUUUUUGUUUUCUGUUUUUAGAUUAUAUAGGUAUAGGAAUUCUAUUCUUUAGAAGUAACACAGCCUUCAGGAACAACUCAGGCCUGAAAACUCCUCCAGCAGACUAUGCCAAAGUGUGAAGUAAUGUGUGUGCACACACACGAGAGAGAAAUCUGUGAAGGGCUUAACAAGCACCGUCAUGCUUUCUUGCUCUCUCCUUCCCCCCUCCCACGCCUUC